UUUCCAGAACUUGUAUGGUUUUGAAUUCAAACGAAAGACUAGAAAUUGGGAUAAUCUUCACAUUUCUUUGAAUAAGAAGUAAUAAUGCAGCGAAGGCAGGGAAGAGUCAAUGCUGGACUGCUUUUGCUGCUUUAUCAAAUUUCUCAAGUUGGACUCCAGAACAUUCCUGCUGUUACCCUUGGGGUACUUGCACUGAAUAUUUUUCUCUUUCUGAAUCCUGUGGGGCCACUGCCUGAAGUGUGUAUCAGUGUAAAUGAAGGCUUCUACAGAAAGAACUGGCAGCGUUUACUGCUUUCUCCUGUCCACCAUGCAGAUGACUGGCAUUUGUAUUAUAACAUGAUUUCCAUGCUUUGGAAGGGGAUAAUGCUGGAAAAAAAGCUUAAGAGCAUAUGGUUUGCAUACAUAAUUGCAGUAUUUUCAGUGCUGAUUGGAGUUGUCUAUAUGCUGCUGGAAUUCAUGCUUGUGAAAAUUCUGGAUGAUCCUUUGUAUGGAAUGAAUUGUGCUGUAGGUUUUUCAGGAGUCUUGUUUGCUUUAAAAGUUCUUAACAACCAUUACAAUCCAGGAAGAGUCAGCAGUGUCCUUGGAUUGCAGAUACCCAGUAAAUAUGCUUGUUGGGUGGAGCUGGUGGCUAUUCAUUUAAUCUCGCCAGGGACUUCUUUUGCUGGGCAUCUGGCAGGGAUUCUUGUUGGAUUGAUGUAUACUAUGGGACCUCUGAAAAAGAUCAUGAAAGCCUGUGCAGGUGGCGUUUCUUCAUUCACUGACCCUCCCAGGCCAAGGGACUACUAUUCAGAGUAUUAUGGCUAUUCAGGUUAUCAAUACAGAAUGCCAAGGAGCUAUUAUGAUUAUACAGGUGGGCUUACUGAACAAGAACAGCUUGAAAGGGCAGUGCUAAACAGUCUCAAUGAAAGAGGUAUGUCAGAUAACAGCAGAAUGGGCAGUGUCUUACAAAAAGAUCUGGAUAGACUAGAGAGCUGGGCGAUCACCAACAGUAAUAAAUUUAACGAGAGCAAGCGCCUGAUUCUCCAUCUGGGACAGGGCAGUCCUGGUUAUACAUACAACUCAGGUGAUGAGAGGCUGGAGUGCAGCCCUGUGGAAAGAGAUCUGGGAGUCUGGGUUCACAGCAAGUUGAAUGAGAGUCAGCUGUGUUCCCUGGUAGCAAAAAGGGACAACUGUGUCCUGGGGUGCAUCAAGCACAGUAUAGCUAGCCCAUCAAGGGAGGUGAUUGUCCUGCUCUGCAAUGCACUGGUGUGGCCACACCUCAAGUACUGUGUGCAGAUUUGGGUGGCUCAAUAUAAGGAGGACAGGCUAUUUGAGUGUGUCCAGAGGACUGUGACCAACAUGGUGAAACAGCCUCAAGGGCAAGACUUAAAAGGAGCGGUUGAGGUCACUUGGCUUGUUCAGCUUAGAGAAGAGAAAGCAAGGCUGAGGGAGGACCUCAUAGCAGUCUACAACAUCCUCACAGGGGGCAGUGGAGGGGGAGGUGCUGAUCUCUCUGCUGUCCAGUGA